AUGCCCAGGUCGCGCAUCGAAGCCCUCCUCGCCUCCUUCCCGAAGCUCGCAGACAGCGGGACACAGCAUACGACCGUCGAGCAAGACAAUGUCCGAUUCGUCUACCAACCCCUCGAUGAGCUCUACAUGGUCCUCAUCACCAACCGCCAGUCCAACAUUCUCCAAGACAUCGACUCGCUGCAUCUCUUUGCCCAGGUCGUCACCAGUACUUGCAAGAGUCUGGAGGAGCGCGAGAUCUUGAAGAAUGCCUUCGAGCUGCUCAGCGCCUUCGAUGAGCUGGUCACCCUGGGUUACAGGGAGAAUCUGACCAUUAGUCAGAUCAAGACCUUCCUGGAGAUGGAAAGUCACGAGGAGCGCAUCCAGGAGAUUAUUGCCAGGAACAAAGAGUUGGAGGCUACAGAAGAGCGCAAGAGGAAGGCCAAGCAACUCGAGAUGCAGCGCAAGGAGUCGGCCAGGGGGGCCCGGGGUAUGGGCAAUGUGCCCAGGACGCCCGUUUACCCAACAUACACUGCACCUAGCCGCCCUGCUGUCACCGAUACAUACGAUACAUACGAGGCUGAGAAGAACAAGUCGAAAUUCACCGCACCAAAGGGCAAGGGAAUGCAACUUGGUAAGAAGUCUAAGACCACCGAUAUGUUUGAGCGAGUGCGAGGUGAGAUGGGCCAUGAAGUCGACGACAGCCCGCUUGUCGCGCCGGCGGCUCCCUCGCCGAUCACAGCAGAACCUGCUGCGCCCCGAGCCUCAACUACACUGGAUCGCGACGCUAUACAUGUGACCAUCAAUGAAGCAAUCAGCGCGAAGCUCUCGAAGGAGGGUGCUGUCGAUUCCCUUUCCGUCAGUGGUGAUCUGCAGUUGCGGAUAUCCGACCCAUCACUGACCAAGAUCAAACUCGACCUGAAUGCGCAGCCUACUCAUGGCGCGCAGUUCCGAACACAUCCUAACGUCGAUCGCAAUCUCUUCAACAGCUCCAAAGUCAUUCAGAUGGCCAACACCUCGAAAGGCUUUCCGGUCAACAACUCGGUCGGCGUGCUUCGGUGGCGUGCUACUCCAAAGACAGACGACCCGAGCUCGUUGCCAAUCAGCUUCACUGUCUGGGUUAACAAGGGCUCUGAUGGCAGCUACACAAUGACUGUGGAGUACGAGCUGACCGGCGGUGACGCGCUGAAGGACGUGAGCGUCACCAUUCCGUACUCGACCGCUGAGCCCUCGGUGUCGAGCUUUGAUGCCACGUAUGACGUGUCCGGAGACAGUCUAGAGUGGUCAAUUGGCACAGUGGAUGACGAGAAUCCGAACGGGGCUUUCGAGUUCGAGGCUCAGGCGGAUGACGAGAACGAAUUCUUCCCAAUGCAGGUCCGAUUCUCCAAGUCCACGCCAUAUGUGGACGUUGAAGUUUCCUCUGUUGCUUUGGUGGAGAUGAACGAGGACGUGACCUUCUCGAAAGAGAUCAAAUCCAUGGCGGACUCUUAUGUUAUUGACAUCAAGCUGGAAGAAUCAGUCACAGAAAAAUCCAGGAGUGCCGUGGAUUACCACGUAUCUGGUCAAGGGCCACUCGGCUGGGCAGAGAAUCAUGGGCUGCGGCUGAGCCACAACUGGUCUCAGUGUUGGCUAUCCGUCCAGCCCUUCCAAGGCGGCUUGCAACAAUGGCAUGAUCGCCAGGACGUAGAAGAGCUCGUAGGGCUCUGCGAGGCUCUGAGAUUUGCCAGGGUCCCCCCAGAACACUUUGCCGCACGGGCACCUCAGGUCUCGCGACUCCUAGGCUGUCUUCGAGCACGCUUCGAUUUUGCUGCCCUGCAGAACGAGAUCUUCCUGAUCCUCUUGAUGUCUUCGCGUCGGUCGAUCAAGGACUCGGCGACCAGGGGAAUGAGGAAGAUCCACGUUUGGUACCGAACACAAUGGCUUGACUUGCGGAUGAUCUCCCAAGAACGAUCAGUGAUGUUCGUGAUCCUCAUCUGUUCAUUAAGCGAAGCCAUGUGGUUCCAUCCCAACCACGACCACGACCGUUGCAUCAAGAUUGAGAUGGCAUGCGCCUCCUCAUCCGCACUCCAGUCCGCCAAGGCCCGCCGUGAUUGGGCAGACUUGGUCUCAACCGGUCCACUUCAGACGGAAUCGUCGCAAGUUAUCAGACGAGGGAGACUGCGGUCGGGGAUUUCAAAUCUAAGGUUAUUCGGCUUUAAAGUCACUCCGGUGCGGUUCCCCGGGCAAACAGGUACAUCACCAAGCUUUCCGUUUGACAACCUGCCAACCGAACUCGUUUGUCGCCCCAGGCUUAGACGCCCCCUGAUCCCGGCUGCCCUGGUGCUCAUGCAUAUCGUCAGUAAGGUCUGCAUGCCUCUUCGAGCGACUCCUGCGAUCUCGAGUGUCACUGACGCAGAUCCCCCUCUGGAGACUCGAGCCGGAUGUCGAGAUGCCGGUCUUGGGCGGGGCCAAAGUCUUCAGGACCUCGUCAAGGAGGACGACGAAGGCAAGAACGGUCACAUAUAUCCCGUGUGA